UGUUUGGUCAGUUCACCCAUUCUAAUCUAAGAUGGCGGAUGAAAGCGAAGACUUCGAGGAACAAGUUUCAGACGCUCAGCCAAAAAUGGAAUGCGAAGGUGGAGGUAGUGAGGAAGAAGUAAAUCAAGGAUGGGCAGAUGCUAUGGCAAGAAUUCUUGAAAAUCAGCUACCGGAGGACAAGCCACCUGUGUUAUUGAAAUACAAGAAAAUUGAAAAGAGAAAAGCAGAGAGAAAUGAACAAUUAGCCUCCAAGAAGCUGAAAAGUCAAGAACGGCAUGCUAUGCUUGAGAAAGACCAUAUUAAACCUGAUGCCUCAACACUGGAUUAUGAAAAGAACUUAAUGAGAAUUGCAACAAGAGGAGUGGUCAAACUGUUCAAUGCUGUCAGUAAACAUCAGAAGGAGAUGAACAGUAAACUAAACUCUGCUCCUACUGAAGCCAAGAAAACAAAAGUGGAAACGAUGUCCAAAUCUACCUUUCUUGACAUGCUGAAAAGCAGCUCUGACAAGGGACAGACUCAAGAGAAUAAAGAACAGAAAGGAACGGGAAUCGAGCUCACUGAUACCGACGAUGCGUCAUCGUGGAGCAUUCUACGGGAUGACUUUAUGAUGGGCGCUAAGAUGAAAGACUGGAACCGAGAAGAACAAAAAACCAAGAGGAAAGAUAAAAAACUAACAGACAUUACUGAUCAUGAACUGGAAACAAGUAACGCUGACUUCUUUGAUGAAUCAGAUGAUGGGAACAACGAGCAGUCGGAUUCAGAGUCAGAUAUGGAUUCGCAAGGAGGCUAGAGCGUGACAAAGCGU